AUGUGGAUAACGAAGACAAACCUGAAAUAUCGAACGAAGCAGAGAGUUCGGAUCUCAGUGGUACUUGCAUGUGCUGCAUCUGUGCUUUUGUUCCUCGUGAUACGAUCUUUCUUCCUGGAAAGUGGUGAAAGGGUAGCAGGGAGCAAUACAAUUGCUGUGAGUGACGACAUGGCCAAGAAAACUGCCAAGGAACUACUGGCCCAAGGAAAAAAAACUCACGAGAGUGUCCACGAAAACCUCAGCAGUGAGGAACGAGAGAAGAUGCGUAUUAUCAACCAGCCGUCUCCUGAUGACCCUAGAAGUCUCAGGUUGGAACUGGGCCACACAUUUUUCAAGUCAGUGUUUAACGUGCUGGAUAAAGGCAUGCCAAGAGUGCCACCUCUCACGAAGUACAAGUCCCCGGAAAGAAUAUAUCACGCAGGCUACGAAGUGAUGGGUGAUGGCCCGUCGUUGUCGAAAGAAUAUCUUUCCGGUUUUCUGCAGCUAAGUCGAAGUCAGAUAAACUCGAUGAAGAAGAGUCAUUCCUUUGUCACGAGAAAUCUCCCCGAGACGUACCCUAUCGGCCUUUACUCCGGAAACGGAGUGGUGUACGUGGGAGGGGGAAAAUUCAAUUGGCUGGCUUUGCUUUCGAUUAAAACCCUCAGGUCUGUCGGAUCCAGGUUGCCUGUUGAAGUUUUGAUUCCAAAAUUGGACGAAUUCGAAGUUGAUUUGUGCACCACUAUUUUCCCAGCUCUGGAUGCCAAAUGUAUAUACAUGCCGAAGCAGUUGGGAGAGGAGAUUAGUGGCAGAUUCUCAUUUUUCGGAUACCAAUACAAGGCUCUAGCAUUGAUGCUAUCGAGCUUUGAAAACGUGCUGUUGCUAGACGCAGAUAACACACCUUUGCAUGCGCCGGACCACCUGUUCGAGACGGAGCCAUUCGCUAGCACAGGUAUGGUCAUCUGGCCAGAUUAUUGGAAACGGUCCACUUCUCCUGCAUUUUACGACAUCGUCAACAUUGAAAUUGACGAGGGCCACCGGAUCAGCUAUGGGUUCCAAGAAUACGGAAAACACACCGUUCCCAAUUCCCCGCCAGACCAGGCCCCUCCAUUGCACCAACUCAAGGGAGCGAUCCCGGAUCCUUCGAGUGAGUCUGGCCAACUCAUGCUCUCCAAAAAGACGCACUCGAAGGUCAUGCUUCUUGCACUGUACUACAACAUGUAUGGUCCAAACCAUUACUAUCCCCUUCUCUCGCAAGGAUCUGAUGGCGAGGGAGACAAGGAGACAUUUAUUGCUGCUGCCCAUGUGCUGAGAAAGUCGUUUUACCAAGUCAAGAAAAUCAUCAAAAGUAUUGGGAGAUGGGUCGAUGGCGAAUUUACAGGAAGUGCGAUGGGACAGUUCAACUGUCACGAGGAUUAUCAACUGUACAAAAAAUACGAGAAUACUCUUGAGCCCGUGGAUGAAGUUCCCAAGCUGCUUUUCUUGCACUCCAACUUCCCUAAGCUCGAUCCAUGGUCUCUCAAAGUGGGCGGGGUCAUCUACGACCCAGAAACACGUAAGCGCGAGCGACUCUAUGGAACAGGGUAUCUAGAAGCGCUGGGUUUUGAUUUUGAACGGGUGCAAUGGGAGAACAUGAAAUUUUACAUCUGUGACCUUAAUCUGCACCCAAAGCUUUUUUCUGACCGCAAUAUAGAUCAUGACGAGCUUUGCGCUGAAAUCAAAGAGCAUCUGGAAUUCUUGAAAAGCACCACAGAUUAA